AUGUCCCGCUUUCCAGAUAGCUACUAUUAUGCUUCUGGUCAAAAGGAUCAUCCGUCGUACUUCUACGAAGGCUCGGCUCCCUCUCGCAAGUCCUAUAGCGAAUACUACGCUGACAGACAAGAGGUUGAGCGAGUCUUUCGCAAAGCUAAGGCAACGAAAAUGACUUCAUGCUUUAAAGAUGACGGCGUCGGGCUUGGCAUCAUGUACCCUGACGAGGAAGAGGAUGAAGAAGUAGAGUGCAUCUUUGAACCACAAGCCUCCUUCUUCUGCAAUGUUCCUGAAAGUGCACUUGCGUCUCUUCCUCCCGCGCCAGUACCAGCAUACUAUGCGCAUGUGCACGAGUAUCAGAACACAGACUCAACGCCAAAGGCAAACUCAAAGCCCAAGGCAUUCUCGGCCAGUAGUUUUAGAGAUGAUUACUUGUCUCUCUAUUGCUGUAAUGGUCAGAGAAAUUCUGUCACCUCCGGCACUGUGACUCAUGUCAAUGCUGUUGAGGUUGCUCAGGUCGCUGAGAUCUCUCCUGUUAAUGAAUUGAAUCCUCGCGAUUCUAGUUGUUCUUUUACUCGGUGUCUUGAGAAAGUCGUCAGUCCCAAAACAUACAGCAAGUUAUUUAAACGCGCUGGUCAAAAACUGAGGUCACGCUCAAAGGAGAGAUUGGAGAGUUGGUGA